CUUGCUUCCGCAACAAUUUGAAGGCAUUCAAUGGAGUGUGAAAGAGGCCAGACGAAAUGGCAAUUCCGGCAGAAGAGCUCGUUUACCGCGGGAAACCUCGCUGUUCGUGCAGUGGUCAACAAGGUGAUGGAGAAUGUCGACAACAGCAAUGGAAAGCCGAUCAUUGCUUUAGGCAAUGGAGAUCCGUCAAAGUUUUCAUGCUUCAGGAUAUCGGAGAGGGCGGAGGAUGCUAUUGUUUCCGCUGUUCGAUCAGCUAAGUACAAUGGGUAUGCUUUCAGUGCGGGCAUGCCUUGUGCAAGAAGUGCAAUUGCUGAGUACCUCAACAAGGAUCUUCCGUACAAGCUAUCUCCUGAUGAUGUGUAUGCUACUAUUGGUUGCUCCCAAGCAAUUGAGAUCCUUCUAUCAGUUCUUGCCCGUCCUGGUGCAAAUAUCCUCUUGCCGAGGCCCGGCUACCCAUAUUAUGAAGCACGGGCUGCUUUAAGCAAACUAGAGGUCCGACACUUCAACCUCGUUCCAGAAAGAGGCUGGGAGGUUGAUCUUGAUAAUGUAUACGCUCUUGCAGAUGAAAAUACUGUUGCAAUGGUCAUAAUCAACCCCGGAAACCCUUGUGGAAAUGUGUUAAGUUAUCCGCAUUUGAAAAAGAUUGCCGAGACUGCGAAGAAGCUUGGCAUAAUGGUAAUAGCAGACGAAGUGUACGAUCACUUGGCAUUUGGGAGCAAUCCGUUUGUGCCAAUGGGAGUAUUUGGGGCGAUUGCCCCUGUCAUUACCCUAGGGUCUAUAUCAAAGAGAUUGGUUGUUCCUGGUUGGCGACUUGGUUGGAUGGUGAGAAAUGACCCCAACGGUAUUCUUAAGGAAACUAAGAUUGCCGAGAGCAUUGAAAACUUCCUCAACAUCACAGUAUCUCCUACAACAUUUAUCCAGGGAGCAUUCCCUCAUAUUCUUGAGAAUACAAGGGGUCGUUUCUCAAACAAGAUUAUUGAUGUACUGAGGCAAACAUCGGACAUAUGUUAUCAAAAGUUGGAGGAUAUUGACUGCAUUACUUGUCCCCAUAAACCAGAUGGGUCCAUGUUUGUAAUGGUUAAGUUGAAUUUGUCCUAUUUGGAGGGCAUUACUGAUUGUGUAGAUUUCUGCUGUAAGCUGGCCAAAGAGGAGUCCGUAAUAAUUUUGCCUGGAGUUGCUGUGGGAUUGAAAAAUUGGCUUCGCAUCACUUUCGCCAUUGAUCCGUUCUCUCUUAAUGCCGGCCUUGACCGGAUGAAAUCCUUUUGCCUCAGGCAUGCCAAACUCAACCAGUGAAGUGGAAGAAGCAGCAGCAGCAACCCAGGCGGAUGUAAUUUGAAUUAGGCUGCUUAAAGCAGUGGUGAUCAGCUGCAUCUCCAUUGGAUCUCCCAUGUGUUUAAACCCUCUUUAAGUUGUUACCAUCAGUAUCUGUGAUGUGCACUUCAUGCUUUCUAAAUAACGUUGUACUUUUCAUGAAUAAGACAUGUAAACCUGCCUCGUUUAAAUUUUAAUACAUUUGCAGGAAAAAGUUUCUAUGUUUAAAGUUGACUAGUAAACACGCAUCGUUUGAA